AUCCUCUCCAUCGUUUUCGAGCCGGUGCAAGCGGCCUAGCUAGUUUACCAUUGCGCGCCACGCAGAGCGGCGGCUGCACAGCUGACUUGGGCCAUCAUCUGCCACCGGUGAGGAACGAAGUAAGCCACCGCAGCAGGCCACUCGUGUUUCAUUUCCGGGACCCCCGGCUCCAAGUGGCGAGCGCGAAAAGGAAAGCCGGUUUGUGAGGUUCUCUUGACUGCAACAGCCCGCUUCGUAUAGAGGAGUCGGCACGCAGGAAACACUGCCUUCAGUCAUUUUGCUGUUUGCAACGCCGCGUACUUCCACCAUGCCGUAUUCUGCUCUCACCGAGGCCAACUUCCAUUACCCGCAACUCCACAUAGAGGAUGACCCCAAGAAGCAGGCGAUGGUGGAGAACAUCGUGAACCCUCUCGUGCUCAACGUGCACACUAUCGGCAAGAUCCGGGACGUGUUCAAAAACGAGAUCGAGCUGGGCUUGAUGAAGAAUCCACGCCGACCGUCCUCACUGCAGAUGGAGAACACGUACCUAACCGAGCUUCCCGAUGGCACGGAGAAGGGUGAGUUCCUUGCCUUGGACUUGGGCGGCACCAAUUUCCGCGUCCUGCAUCUCCAACUCGAUCCGGAAGGUGAUAAGCAGUUUCACGUCAAAUACUACUCAGUUCCAGAUUGUAUAAGACUCGGACCUGGCGAAAAGUUGUUCGACUUCUUGGUCGUCUGCAUUCACGACUUCAUGCUGACCAAUAACUUGAUGAGAAAGCGAAUGCCCUUGGGCUUCUGCUUCUCGUUUCCCAUGGUGCAGAAGGCGCUGAACGUGGGUAUUCUGGUCACUUGGACCAAGAGCUUCAACUGCGACGGAGUGGUUGGCCAAGACGCUGUACAGAUGCUCAAAGACGCCAUCAACCGGCGAGGCGACAUGGACAUCGAUAUCGUAGCUGUCGUCAAUGAAACGACAGGUACCCUAGUCAAGGGAGCUUUUCUGGAUCACGAGUGUGCCAUCGGUCUCAUCUUGGGAACCGGGAGCAACGCCUGCUACCUCGAGAAGAUCGAGAACAUCGAGAAGUGGGAAGGCGACAAAACGGGUGUCCGCGAAGUGGUCAUCGAUGUUGAGUGGGGUGCCUUCGGCGACAACGGUGUGCUUAACUUUGUCAAGACGGAGUUCGACCGGAACGUCGACGAUAACUCGUUACUGGUCAACUCGUUCACUUUCGAGAAGCUCUUCUCGGGCAAAUUCCUUGGCGAGUUGGUACGAUAUGUCCUGGUCAAGCUCAUUCGAGAACGAGCCCUCUUCGAUGGCCAGGCUUCCGAGACAAUCAUUACGAAGGGUACGUUCACGACGGCAGACGUCUCGGCACUUGAAGGAGAUGACAGUGAGGGUCGUGCACGCGAAAUUUUAGCCAGAAUUGGCUACUUAAGGGUAACCGACGAUGAUAUCGCCGUGGUGCGCUACGUCUGCGGCGUAGCUUCGGCAAGGGUGGCGCUCCUGGUGUCUAUCUGCCUAGCGGAACUACUGAACCGCAUGCAGAAGCCGACAGUGACAGUAGCUAUUGACGGUUCGCUCUACAAGCACCACCCAAGAUUUCACCAACUCAUGACCGAAUUCAUCACAGUGCUGGCGCCAAACCGACCUUUCAAGCUGAUGCUUGCAGAAGACGGUAGCGGAAAAGGAGCAGGUCUGGUAGCUGCUGUGGCUGAUAGGCUGCGGCGUGCGAAGCAAAAUGGCUACCUUAAGUGAUGGCAGUGCAUCGAUGAUUGUUCGGCGCGAUGUGUGUGAAAAAUGCAACGAAGGUUAUACACAUGUGCAGAAAGUGUACAGUAUCGUUAAUAAAUAUAGCGCAGCGCCCUUUAUUGUGUCGUUUAUGCGUCGUCUGUUCAUACCGGGAAACUUUUGUGCUGUUUGAUAAGCUCAGAAAACUUGUAGUACCUUUGUACUUUAUUGUUGAAGACACCACACGUUAAUGUACAACAUCAAGGCAUCACAUUCACACUGAAUACUACAUUGUAUCGUGCAGUCGUGCAUGUGAUAUGUGUUUUAUACUCUAAUACAUUUUGCCUAAAGCUUU